CAAAGUGAACUCACAAGUCUUGAUCAACCUAUUGUUGAACCAACGAAACAAAUGUUCCACUCGUUUGUAAAGAUUCUAACAGCUUCAGACACAAGCACUCACGGUGGAUUCUCUGUUCUUCGUAAACACGCUACUGAAUGCUUGCCUGGCUUGGACAUGACACAAGCUACUCCUACUCAAGAGCUUGUGACUAGAGAUCUUCAUGGGUUUGAAUGGAGGUUUAAGCAUAUUUUCAGAGGACAACCGAGGAGGCAUUUGCUUACAACGGGUUGGAGUACAUUUGUAUCAUCCAAAAGACUUGUAGCUGGAGAUGCUUUUGUGUUCUUGAGGGGUGAGAAUGGAGAUUUGAGAGUUGGAGUGAGGCGUUUAGCUAGGCAUCAGAGCACAAUGCCUACUUCUGUUAUCUCGAGCCAGAGCAUGCAUUUGGGAGUCCUUGCUACAGCUUCUCAUGCUGUUCUUACCAAAACUAUCUUCCUUGUGUUUUACAAGCCUAGGAUAAGCCAGUUCAUAGUAGGAGUGAACAAGUAUAUGGAAGCUAUGAAGCAUGGAUUCUCUCUUGGCACAAGAUUCAGGAUGAGAUUUGAAGGAGAAGAGUCUCCUGAGAGAAUGUUUACGGGUACUAUUGUUGGAAUUGGAGAUCUAUCUUCACAGUGGCCAGCUUCUAAAUGGAGAUCUUUGCAGGUGCAAUGGGAUGAGCCAACAACAGUUCAGAGACCAGACAGAGUCUCACCAUGGGAGAUUGAGCCUUUCUUGUCAUCUUCCCCAGUUUCAACACCUUCUCAACAAUCACAACCCAAAUGCAAGCGUUCAAGACCUGUUGAAUCGUCAGCUUUGACUCCAGCUCCACCUACUACUUUCUUGUAUGGCUUCCCUCAGAUCCAAGAUCCAUCCACCACUGAGAGAAACUUAGGUGGAUUACAAGCUGAUCCUCCUCCUCCUCCUCCAGCGAGUUGCUAUAGGUUGUUCGGAUUUGAUCUCACAAGCAAUCCUCCUGCUCCAAUUCCUCCAGACAAGUGUCAAGAACCCAUCACUCCAAGCGCAGCUAAUGAGCCUAAGAAGCAACAAAAAUCAAGGACACGAACUAAAGUGCAAAUGCAAGGGAUAGCUGUUGGACGUGCGGUUGACUUAACGCUGUUGAAAUCGUAUGAUGAACUGAUUAAGGAGCUUGAGGAGAUGUUUGAGAUCAACAAAGGACAGCUUCUUACUCGAGACAAAUGGGUCGUUGUCUUCACUGAUGAUGAAGGUGACAUGAUGCUUGCUGGAGAUGAUCCAUGGAAUGAGUUUUGCAAGAUGGCUAAGAAGAUAUUUAUAUAUUCGAGUGAUGAGGUUAAGAAGAUGACGACUAAGUUGAAGAGUUCUUCGUCGUUAGAGAAUGAUGAAAGUAUGGUGGAUUAAUAAUAAUAAUCGUGUAAUUAGUUUGGUGAGUGGUUUUAGAUAUAAGUUUAAGGUUUAUUAUUAAGCGACGUUGUUUUUAGUAACUUAUUAUGGUCGUCGUGUAAGGUGUUCUCCAGACUACGGUUUUUUAAUCUGUGUAUAUAAAACGCUUGCAUGGUCUUGGGUUGGGCCUUGUUUGUUUUCUUUUCGUGUCAA